CCGACUCCCGCUGAAGGUCACAUCGAUGUGCACUCCUUCAUCUGCUCUCUUGUGGAGCAGUAUACACUGGCCAAACAACGAGGUGCCCAGAAAAGAGGUGGCCAAGAAAAUAUAAUGGCUUCGUUGAGUAAGGAUGAAACUAAAUCGAUUUCGAGUUCUAUUCUCGCACACCGAGUCGAUCCCAACGAAGUUUUUCAGGUUGUCUACGGAACACCAGCCAGCAAAAGCCGAGACAGCGGCUAUACGGCUAGCGAAUCCAGUAUUCUGCUGUCAGGUGGCGCUAAUACAGACGGUCUCUUCCGUGGCCGACGCCGACGUCAGGUGGUGAUCGCAUGUCGUCCCUACCUCCUGGUGACAGUUGUUCACUCCGUGCACGUGACGGUGAGUUUCACUCUGCUUUCUCAAACCAUGAUCACCACUCACAGUCCAAACCUAUUCUUCCCCCUUCGCCAGUCUAAUGAAACCAGCCAACUUAUGUAA